UGAACCAAGAGGAUAUUGUUUUGUAGAUUUUGAUAAUGAACACAGUGCACAGAGAGCUCUCACCAAACUGAAUGGUCAGACUAUUGCUGGCACUAAUCCUCCCAGAAGAUUCAAACUUAAUGUUGCUGCUCAUGGAUCAAGUUAUCACUCGUACAAUCAGCUAGAGUACAAUUUAUAUGUCGGUGAACUCACCCCAGAAGUAAAUGAUUACACUUUGCACGAGUUCUUUGCAAGACGUUACUAUACCUGCAAGACUGCAAAAGUUGUACUAGACACCUAUGGUGUCUCGCGGGGAUUUGGUUUCGUCAGAUUCUAUGGUAAAGAAGACCAAGAAAGAGCACUCCAAGAAAUGAACAACGUAACUGGUCUGGGAGGCAAACCAAUCAGAGUAGCAAUAGCACCAACAAAAAGACGUCCUGGCCCUGCUCAAGGGAAAACUUCUUAUGACCAAUACUAUCAGCAAUAUCACCAACAAUAUCAGAAUUAUUACCGUGCCGCAUGGGAUAACUACAACGAAUCUAAUCGUCAAAAUCAGACUCAGCAACAACAAACAUCUCAAGAGCGAGAACUGGCACCAGCGGGCACACACAGUUAUGAUAGACAAGUACAUUACCAACAUGACGGCAAUACAUGGGGGUAUUACAGAGAGGAGGAUGUGGAAGACCCUGAAAUAACUGUAGAUGUUGAGAAAGCCAAUGCUGAAUUCAUAGUUAAAAAUGAUGAACUUUUUGAAGCGGUGGAAGGUUCAAGAUGGCAGCCAUUGGAUACAGUCACACCGGAUGCACUCAGUCUAAUGAACUCUACCCAAUUGGACAUGUUUGAUGAUGAGUAGUUAAAUAUGCAAAAUAUGCUGUGUUUGUUGAGAGUAGCGUGUACUGGUGACGUAACUAAAAGAAAGAUCUGAUAUAUGCAGUUAUUUUAGGCCACAUUAUUAUUACUUUUUCAUUUGUUUAUGCCAUAUAUGGACUUUUUAGACAAUAUUUUCUCAGUUCAAUUGGUUUGUAAGUAUAACUGGUAUUAAAGAGAUUGAUAGAAUAA